AUGUCCGACGACAAGGCCGAGGACAUUGCCCCACCCUUCCACGGCUUCAUCGCCACCACAUACGAUGCACUCCUCGUGUUCGAGGCGGCUCGCCGCGGCAUGAUUCCCCGGGUCACCCGUCGACUCAACGACACCGAGCGCAACAUGGUUCAGUCCGGCUCCGUCUUCGUCUACGACGAGCAGGAAAGUGGAAUCAAGCGCUGGACCGACGGUCACUCGUGGAGCCCAUCGCGUAUCUUAGCCAACUUCCUCGUGUACAGAGAGACCAUUAAGCCUGCCGAUACCAAGGAGGGCAAGGAAGGCGAUGACGGCAUCAAGAAGGAGGCCACUUCUCGUCCUGGCACGCGCGACGGCCGCCCAACAACUGCAAACUCCUCCCCGGCCAACGGGUCGCCCAUCGGUGCCGAUGGCAUGUCUGCCUAUGCCGAGUCGUCGCGUAUGGCCAUGGAAGCCGCCGCACGUCCUCUUGCCCACGGUCAGAUGCGCCCCCGAUCUGCGGCCGAGGCUGGCGGUUGCCGUCUCGAGAACGGUAUCUUUAUUGAUCGCCAUCUCGAGCGCAAGCUUGUCGGUAGCUUAACCAACAGCUAUCUGUUCCAACCCGGCGGUCUUGUCAAGAAGACCAUGACCUUGACCAUAUCGGGUUUCCACCAGCACGUCGUCUCGUAUUACACACUGGAAGAUGCUGUCGCUGGCCGCCUUCGUCGUCCGUCCACUAUCCCCGAGUUUGCAUCGCUGGAGAUCUCGCCCGAGUACCUCAACGUUGCCAACUUCCGUUACCCACCCUCGAUAGAACUUGGUGCCGACGGUGUGCCUCGGUACCACGGUGAACCCGACGAUAGGCCUGUGUCGCCCUCCCGCAUGCCUCAGUAUGGCGCCGAGAUGUACGAUGCGUACGGCGGCGGCGGCCUCGACUCGCAUCACCAGCCUCGAAUGCGUUCUGUGACGGUACCGACGAUCAGCACCACCAAUUUCUCGCCCACACAGUCGAGCUAUGUCCACCCCUCCUCUGGUGGCUACUACGACCCGCAGCAGCAGAUGCACAUACCCCCCGCCCCGCGGAUUAGUGGCGGACCAGCCCGGCCCGGGCACGGCUCAAGACGUUACGACCCGUACGCGUCUACCAACCCUCGUGUUCUCCACCCCGGUAUGCCACCCCAAAACGUCGACUCGGGCCAUCAGCGCCGCCUGUCGCAGCCGCCGCCCCCUGGCGAGCAGAACUACUAUCAGCCCUCCGAGUAUAACUACCAACCGCCGUCGACUGCACCAGGAGCCUUCACAUACUACUCCCCGGCCUCCGCCGCACCACCGCAGCAACAGCCACUGCCUUCGCCUGUUGUCUCGUCCCCCAGCUACGGCAGUGGCGGUGGACCCGGUCAGUAUGCAUGGCACCAACCUCCAGCUCAGGGCUUGAGGACGCUCCCAAUCCCCGGGCGUCCGGACAUGCUGGACCACCCCUCGUCUUCAUCGGGCUCCCUGGACAGCGCACCCGGUUCUUCUGGCGCACACGUUAUGCCACCAGACUGGGCCAACCUUCCUCCAGCUAACGCUGCCCCGGUGUGGGAUAACCACCCACCGCCCCAGAUGUCUCAACAGCCGUACGCUGUGCAGCAAGGCGAUGGGUGGCAGGCAGGCCUUGCAUAG